AUGGUAGCUAGUGGGGACUUCACUUCUGCGGAUGGCCCAGGUGGAAAGGCCUCGAGGUUUCUGGACGCCGUCGUCGCCUUUGUCGUCGGUAUCUUCCAACCCAUCUUUCGCUUCCUGUUCUCGACCUUCUUUACUCGCAAACCUCGGCAGCACAACAACCAGAACCGCGACAGAGGCAACACCCUCACCGACGCCCCCGCCAACGACGAACACGACCACCAACCUCGUCCUAACCCUAGCGGCCAAGACGGCGACCUCCAAGGCAACGACACUCCAGAAAGCAUGCAGCGACAUUCGACCAGCACCAGGCCUCAGCACGCAUACGGCCCCAAGUUCGUCAAUGGCGAUGCGCAACCAGCUACCAAGCCCGCCCUGCCCCAAACCGGUGUAGCGGUGAUUCCAUCUCGGCCUAUCAAGCACGAGGACGCGCCCACGAAUGGAGUCCCGGCCAAGACACCUUUCGAGGACAUCACCAACGGCGUCGACGACAAUUUGAAGCAUCAUGUGGUCGGUGCCGAGGAGGCCGAGGAGAAUCUCCACGACCAGGUCGAUCUGGCCCCGGCUGUUCAGCCCGUCGAGGAGGAACCUGAGGACCCUGCCACCGCUGCCGAGCGAGCAAUUCAUCACGGCUUCAUGGAUCAGGCACUGGAUAUGGCCCGCCUGGCCCUGAGGACCAAUGAGACACCUGUCGGGUGUGUGCUCGUCCAUAAUGGAAAGGUCAUCGCCAAGGGAAUGAACGCGACCAACGUCACCCGAAACGGUACCCGGCACGCGGAGCUGAUGGCCCUGACCGCUCUCUUGUCUUUCACCCCCCAGGCAAAGGCCGAGGCAGAACAGGAGAAGUCUAAGAAGUCUAAGGGAAAGAAGAAGAAGAGACAGGGCAGCCAGCAUCAAUCCGACAAGCCUCCACCUAUGAAGUUAUACACAGAGCAAGAGUGGGGAGAAGUCGACCCCGAGAAGGGUCACAUCUUCCCGUAUGGCCAAAAGCUUCAUCCCGCACCCAUCGUCGACCGAACGUUGAUACAGGAUUGUAUCCUGUACGUCACCGUCGAGCCUUGUGUCAUGUGUGCGUCGAUGCUCCGCCAGUACGGCAUAAAGAAGGUCUUUUUCGGCGCCGUCAACGACAAGUUUGGCGGAACUGGCGGCGUGUUCUGUAUUCACAUGAACUCCGACCCCGCACACGCCGUCAGUAUCCCAGCAACCCCCAUCCACCGGCCUGUUGCCAACCAAUUACCCUCUCGACCACCUCUAGCUCACCAUGCUGCCUCCGCUGCCGCCUCGGUCUCGACCAACGGAUCUCAAGAGGGUCCGGCUGCCGUGAGUGAGAACAAGCAGCCAGGCAAGAUGACUUACAUUGAGCCGCCCAAACCCGUCUCCAACAUGUCUAUGGGCCAUGGUGGAAACGUAGAGAGGGGCUUUGAGGCUGAAGGUGGUUGGAACCGUGAUGAGGCUGUCAAUCUGCUGAGGCAGUUUUAUGUCCAGGAAAAUGGCAGAGCACCUGUACCGCGAAAGAAAGAAGGUCGCGCACAACGUCUCGCCGUUAUGAUGGAGGAGCAGGGGAUGUCUACGGAGGGCACGGCUCUUGAGGGCCUACUUCAACAGGAGCGAGAGGCCCAGGAGAAAGCUGCCGCCGGGGGUGCCAACGGCGAGAGCGCUGCUAACGGAAAUGACUCUGCCAAGAACGGCGCCGAUCAGCAGACGGACGGCUCGAGCGCUCUCGAAGCGCUGGAGGCGAAGGUAUAUGCUGAGAUUGAGAAGAAGAAACAGGCCGCCAUGGCCCAGAAGAUGGACGGCAACAAGGCAGUCCCAGCGGAUCAACAGAAGGCGACGGCUUGA